CUUGGCCCAGAGGUCACCACCACCAGUAGCAGCAGCACAACAGGAAGCUGCGCAACCCUGACUUGGAAAGCUGGAACUACGCAGAGCGCUGGGCAGAGGAGCCAGCGACCUCCCGGGUCUCCCCUCCGCGCAGCAGCCUCCCUGGGCUGUGUGGCCAAACCGCCUUCAAUGGACGCCAGGCAGGAGCUGGCGAGCAGCUGCUGUCCCCCAGCAGGACGAGGUGGUGACCAGAUGGACAGGGUGGCAUGGAGCUGAACCGGCUGCUGGUCUUCGCUGUAUUCCUGUUCCAGAUGAGACUGUCCGGGAUGUGGCCCACGCAGCUUGUAUGUGACAGGCGACUGAUCCAGAAAUAUGUGACUGAAGCUGUGGAAAUGGAGGAAACGUUGAGCCAGUGCCAAGAGCUUCCUCUGCUCUUAGAACCUGUGCAUUUACCCUUGGUGGGUUUUAACCUCGGAAAGUGGAAAACAAAGACAAAUGAAGUCAAAACACAGGAAGUCCUCCAGGUGUUGGUUAAACUGGUGGAUGGCAUAGCGGCUGCCCAGCGAGGGAUAAAUCAGGGCUGCAUCCUUGUACGUCUUGAGCAGCUUUAUGAGAAAGCCAGCUUCUUCCUUCUGCACUUAAGGAACUUCCAAGGGCAGGAACAGAGCACAACUAUGCAGCCAGAAAGUGUACCUGCCCUGAUUUCAACGAGGAACCUUAGGACUGUCUUCUGGACCUACGUGCAGCUCUUGCGAGGGAAACUGAACUUCCUCUUCUAUGACCUCUGGAAAGACUCCUGUGCUGAGGGCCAUCAAUAUGGGGCUGCCAUCCCUCCUCAGCACCUUCCCCAUUUGGUCGCAUCAAGUGGGCAGUGAGUAAUCCUGCAGGUGGCUGGCUUGAGACAUCCGUAGUUCAGCCAUCGGAGGAAAAGGCCACCUGAAAGCCAGGGGUGGAAAAGCAGGGCUGACCAAAUCCUCGGAGUGGGAAGCCUUGGGGCCAACAUGUGAGGGAGAAAAAGGGGGUGUUGUGAUGACCUGGAGGUCCCAGUCCUCUGCAUUUAGUACCAGCUUGCUUUAGGUGCCUGCAAAACCCCAACCCAACCCAACCCAACCCAAGGCUUACAGAGUUGAGCAAGUCUGAUUCUACCCUUAAGGGAAUCAAAGCCUCAGCGUCCUUCUCAUCUGGUCUGGUUGGUGGCCGUUUGGAAUAAGCAGCUCCAAUGAACUCUAUGGAAACGCGGUGGAGAAGAUGAGUAUAUUCAGCCCAUUUUGCUUGAUUGAUUCUGCGCCAUCAAGUCAGAGUCAGCUUAGUGACCCCAAUCUCUUGAUAGCUUAUCUUAUACACCAACCUCGUCUUCAUAAUGAGAGAUUAUUAUCUUAUUAACUACUCAUUCAGGGGGAAGAAGAUAUUUUGGGCCUUGGAACAGAACCUCUACAAGGUCCCCCUUAUUUUUAUAGCUGAACCCCAGGAUUUUUAAAAAAAUGCAAAUAUACACUGGGAUUUUUUCAAAGACCAGAAGUGAAACCCAGAGCAUCUCUUGGCAAGCUAUCGAUCCCGAUUCCAGCUCUAUCUUCCUGCCUGUGGACCCCAUUUGAGUGAAUUAUGAAAACCACAUCUAGGCAGUAACAUUUGGAGGUGCCAAUGAACUUGAGAGUUGGGUGGCAAAAUUUUGCUUGGAUGUCUUCACUUUAUACCAAGAAGCUGCCUCAGGGGGCAGGAAAGGAGCAGUGGAGUGUUUCUGAUUAAGGACCCAUAGCUUAUUUGGAUAAUUUGGGGCAAAGUAUCCAAAACUUUGGGUUUUCCUUCUGCUCCACUUGUCCUCCCCUCCUGCAAAGCUGUGCUCAGAGCUGUGAGUAAAGCAGAAUGGAUGGCUUUUAUCAGCAGACUCUGUGUGGGAGGAACCCCCCCCCCAUGUUGCAAAGUAAAUACAAUUCAGGUGCAUGUGGUUCCAGCCCAUAAUUCUCCCCAGGAGUGACAUCCCAACCAGGUAUCGAUCAGGGGGCCAGCGAGGAAGGAACGAAACCUGCUAUUAUUGCUGUUACAUGAAGCAAGAUCAGUAAUGACCUUAUUCAAUUUUUUAAAAAAUAAAUAUGAUGGGAUAUAUAUUUAAUCAGCAUAUCAAGACCUGGGAGGAUAAACAGGGUACUGAACUCUUAUUGCUGCUUCGGCAGUGACACAUGUUGUAAAAAGCUUUGGGAGAAUUAUACACUUGUGAAGCUUACCCUUUUUCUUGCUUGUGUACCAAGAUCAUAAACCAGCUUUCUAUAAUAUGACAUCAUCUCCAUUGGCUGUAUUAUAAUUCCUGCCAUCCCCAACCAGCAUAAAAGGAGACCUUUUCAGAUACAGGUCCUUGAGACAACUUCAUAAAAAAAAAAAAAUCAUUGCCACACAUUUCUAUCUCACUUUUCCUUUGACAUUUUAAAACAGCAAACGUGAUAGGAACUUUCUCCAUUGUAUCUUUACUACCCUGUGAGAAUAAUUGACCUGAGAGACAAACUGUCUCCAAGUCUUUCUUGAACUCUUUGCUCAAGGACUUGAACCCAAGUCUCCUUGGUCCCACAUUCAACAGCUUAACCACCAUACCACCUUGGCUCCCACGAUCCUUUCCUGUUGGCCAUGGGAGCUGUGGCUGAUGAGCACAGAAGUCCCAAGCAUCUGAAGGGCACCCGAGCGGCUUUCUUAGUCAAUCUGCACGAUCAACAGAAAACUGGGGAAAGCUGUGAGAAGAUUAAGGAUUGGUUAUUGUUAAGGAUAUGGUUAUCCUGUUAAUAAAUAGGGGACUGUUAAGGAUAUGUUAAGGAUAUGGUUAUCUAUGUUAAUAAAAGAGAUACGGGAGCUGC